GUUUGGGACUGAGCCAGGAAGGAGUCAGAUCCUGCCUAAUGGAGAUGUCCCUUUAACACUGGCCUGGAUCCAUGCAUGGCUGUUCUGCCUGCAGUUCAGCUGCAGCUGAAGCUGCUUGCUGACUCAUGCACUAGGGGCCAGCAAGAACUGGGAACAUGGCUUCUGCCGCCGCAGCAGCACUUGUGAGCUGGGGGUUUCUGGAUUACAAGACAGAGAAGUAUGUGAUGACUAGAAACUGCAGGGUGGGCGUCUCUCAGAGGAUGCUGCAGCUGGGAGUGGUGGCCUACGUAAUAGGGUGGGCCCUCUUGGCCAAAAAAGGCUACCAGGAAUGGGACUUGGACCCCCAGAUUUCUGUCAUCACUAAACUCAAAGGGGUUUCUGUAACCCAGAUUAAGGAAGAGAACCGACUAUGGGAUGUGGCUGACUUUGUGAAGCCAUCACAGGGAGAGAAUGUGUUCUUCUUGGUGACCAAUUUCCUCGUGACACCAGCUCAAGUCCAGGGUAGAUGCCCAGAGCAUCCUUCUGUUCCUCUGGCUAGCUGCUGGGCUGAUGAGGACUGCCCUGAAGGGGAGACAGGAACACACAGCCAUGGCAUAAAAACGGGUCAAUGUGUGGUGUUCAAUGGAACCCACAGGACUUGUGAGAUCUGGAGCUGGUGCCCCGUGGAGAGUGGUGCUGUACCCAGGAAGCCCCUGCUAGUUCAGGCCAAGAACUUCACACUUUUCAUCAAAAACACUGUCACCUUCAGCAAGUUCAACUUCUCCAAAACCAACACCUUAGACACCUGGGACAGCACCUAUUUCAAGCAUUGUCACUAUGAUCCACACUCCAGCCCGUACUGCCCAGUGUUCCGCAUCGGGGACCUUGUGGCCAUGGCUGGCGGGGACUUUGAGGACCUGGCAUUGCUGGGUGGCGCUGUGGGCAUCAGUAUCCACUGGGAUUGCAACCUGGACACCAGGAGCUCUGACUGCUGUCCCCAGUAUUCCUUUCAGCUGCAGGAGAAGGGGUACAACUUCAGGACAGCCAAUCACUGGUGGGAAGCCUCAGGUGUGGAGGCCCGGAGCCUGCUGAAGCUCUAUGGGAUCCGCUUUGACAUUCUUGUCACUGGGAAGGCAGGGAAGUUUGCACUCAUCCCUACGGCCAUCACACUGGGCACAGGAGCAGCUUGGCUGGGCAUGGUCACCUUCCUCUGUGACCUGCUAUUACUGUAUGUGGAUAGAGAAGCCUGCUUCUAUUGGAGGAGCAAGUAUGAAGAAGCAAAAGCUCCAAAGGCAACUGUCAACACUGCGUAGACCAAGCUGCCUUUCACACCCAAA